AAAAUUGCAUCAUUUGUUUAAUGUAGUCAGCAGCAUGGGCGACUUGAUUGCCUUGACAAUUGCACAAUUUUCCGCAUUUUGUAGGAGAAAAUUGGGUUAGCAAUGUUGCCAACCGGCAAAACACGCCACGAUCAAUAUUUGAAAUAUGUAGUGGCACAGAAAAAGAGAAAAAUUCCGCUCAUUCUGACAAUAGUUAAAUUGCUGCAAUUGUUAUCAUUUUAUUAGUGUUAGUGUACAUUGUGUGAGUGUUAAGUGUGGACGUGUCAUUCAUAAGUUGAAAUGGAAGAAAAAAUUCCGCACUUAUCGCUGCAUGUGAACGAGGAUGAUAUAAAUGCGGGGGCGGCGCGCGUGUUGGCGGCGAUAAGGCCGCAUUGGGGGCGGCGUGUUGACUUUAAGCUGUUGACAGAUGGCAUUACGAAUAAAUUGGUUGGAUGUAGGGGAGAGGAGGGUGAAACGGUGCUGGUGAGGGUCUACGGGAAUAAGACUGACCUUCUGAUUGAUCGCAAGGCCGAAACGAGGAACAUUUUACUUUUGAGCCGUUUGAGGCUCGCCCCCAGUCUUUACGCCACCUUUGAAAAUGGUUUAGCGUACGAAUACGUCCCUGGGUGCACUCUGAGCCCCACCAUGGCAAAAAACCCAAAAAUUGCUCAUCUGGUGGCCAGCCAUAUGGGCAAAUUACACAAAGUCCAAGUCCCAGACAUUUCCAAUCCUCAGCCCCUCCUCUGGCCCAAAAUCCGGAGUUUUCUCGACCUAGUACCUGAACAAUUUAGUGAUAUUACCAAAAACGAGAGGUACCACAAAAUCGGGGCACCCACAAAAAUGCAACUCGAACAAGAAUUUAGUUUUUUACAAAGAAAUUUAAGCAUGGAAAAGUGCCCGAUCGUUUUUUGUCACAAUGAUUUACUCCUAGGCAAUGUGAUUUAUAAUUCGGAGAAGGAUCAGGUCACCUUUAUCGAUUACGAAUACGCCAACUAUAAUUAUCAAGCGUUCGAUAUCGCUAAUCAUUUUUUGGAAUUUGCGGGUGUGGAAAAUGUCGAUUAUGGGAAUUAUCCAACGCGGGAAUUUCAAAUUUUUUGGCUUGGUUGUUACUUGAAUGAGUUUCAACCUGACGCUAGCCAAUCACAGCUUGAAUUAUUGCUCAAUCAAGUCGACAAGUUUACGCUCGCCAGUCAUUUGUUUUGGGGCAUUUGGGCGCUCAUUCAAACUGAACAUUCCGACAUUGCGUUCGAUUUUUUAGGGUAUGCCGUUAUCAGAUUCAAUGAAUAUUUUAAGAAGAAGGAACAGUUGGAAAACCUAAAUUGAAGAUAAGUUAUUUUAUGAGUUAAAUUAUUAAAUUUACGCAAGUUGA